AAAAAGCAAGCUGCACACACUGCAGUCUCAUGCCUAAGAGACCGGAUGUGUGUCCCGGUUCAGCUGCUGAGAGGAUUUACUACACACCGAAUUUUACAGAACAAAAACAUGGAGUGUGAGUGUCGGUGCUCCGAGAGAUCUCACGCGCACGCCAUCCUGUUCAACAUCCUCACCGGUGAUGUGGAAGCCACUGACCUGAGCUACUCGCCGUCCAGCCGCUGUCACUGUGACACACGCCGCACCGUACGGCUCCGGUCACGUGACACCUGCCUGGCAGCCGCGAGCGUGCUCGUGAAGACUGUACACUUUGUCGCGAGCCUGCCUGCAUUCCAGCAGCUUCCGGCGGAGGACCAGCUCGCACUGCUGCAUCACUGCUGGGCGCCGCUCUUCAUCCUGGGACUGGCACAGGAGCGUGUGAGCUUUGAGGUGGAGCACGAGCCCAUGACCAGCAUGCUGAAGAAGAUUCUAAUGAACCGAGAGCACGAGCACGAAAAGAACCGAGAGCAACCAACACUAAGUGGAGUCCAGAACCUCAAAUCCUGUCUCAGGAAGCUAUGGAGUCUGGAUCUGAGUCCCAAAGAGUACGCUUACCUGAAAGGCACCAUGAUCUUUAAUCCAGAUGUGCCCGGCCUGCAGGUGGCACCAUUGGUGAACGGUCUUCAGCGUGAGGCUCAGCGUGCUCUCAGGGAGGUUCUGUUUCUUCUGCACUCGGGUGAUGGAGGGAGUUUUGGCCGCGUCCUCCUUGCUGUGUCCUCACUGCAGAGAGUCACACCUGAGCUAAUCACUGAACUCUUCUUUAGACCUAUCAUCGGCUCCACUCAUCUUCUACACCUCAUUACUGACAUACUGUUUGGCAGAUAGAGACACACACCUGAGCUGAAAGAAUGAGGAUCAGACAGAACAGGGAGAUGAUCAUGUUUCAACCCUGGCUUCAUCCCAAAUCACCCGGGAGCAUACUCUGGUCUGUUUCAUAGUCUGAAACACACAGCUUCCUGUUUUCUAUACUGACCCCAUCUUCAAUCGCUCAACCAUGUGACUCCGCCCUGCUGUGUGACUCCGCCCUGCUGUGUGACUCCGCCCUGCUGUGUGACUCCGCCCUGACGAUGUAUACACAGUGCUGUUAGUUGAACAUCACCACCUGCUUCAGUACAGUAGGUGUUUUUUCUGAGAGCUGAUCUGUACCAGAUCCUCAAGAGAACUACACACACACUGCAAUGGCCACACCCAGCUUUUAUACUCUUUAUAUUUUGUGUGUGUGUGUGUGUGUGUGUGUGUGUGUGUGUGUGUGUGUGUGUGUGUGUGUGUGUGUGUGAUUCUGAGGCCCUGCUCUGGUCUCUGUGAGACUAAAUUUCACUAAAUGUCUUUGUAAAUUUAUUUGAUGCUGCAAUAAAACUAUUUUUCUACACAAAA